UUUGAAUCAUUGCCCCAGGAGGACUUAUGAAUGGCUAACUUGCAGUUACUUUCUUUCGUGUUGUACAUCAAGCUAGCAAAAUGGUGAAGGCAAAGUGCUGCGAGUUGCGAAAAAAAGACAAGAAGGAGCUAACCAAGGUUCUGGAAGAGUUCAAACAUGAGCUCAUGUCACAUAGAGUGGCGAAGGUCACCGGAGGAUCCGCCAGCAAAUUGUCCAAAAUUCGCGUCCUUCGCAAAGCAAUUGCCCGCGUGCACAUCGUUAUGCACCAGAAGCAAAAGGAGAAUCUCCGACUCCUUUUCAAGAACAAAAAAUACAAGCCCUUGGACUUAAGGCCCAAGAAGACCAGAGCCAUUCGCAGGAAACUCACGCCUUACCAGGCUAACCUGAAACCUCUGAAAACCAUCCGAAAAUUGUCUGCGUUCCCACAAAGAAAAUUCGCUUUGAAAGCAUAAGUCUAUUGUUAUUUUGACGCAGCAAGAAUUUUUUAACUUAAUUAAAAGGAGGUUCACAAAA